UGCAGCUGCAGGCUCUGGUUACACCCUCUCCACCCUCUAAAUGUCCCGCUGCUGGAUGGAGCAGACAGCUGUGAGAAUCUGAUAAUAUUCCUUGUGCACAUUCUUCCAUCAUUCAGUUUGCUCUUAGAAGAGUGAGCAGCUUCCACGCUGAGAAAUUUAGAGCAAAAAAGCAUCACCAUGUCCUUCCGGAGGCAUAGGAGCAACCCUAAAACAUUGGGGGAUAUCAAUGUGGUGACAGAGGAGUUGAAGAACCUUUAUUAUAAGAGGCUGCUGCCGAUAGAGAAAUACUAUUCUUUCCAUCACUUUCAUUCUCCGAGCUAUGAGGACGCAGACUUUGACAACAAGCCAAUGGUGUUGGUGAUAGGACAGUACUCAACAGGAAAGACAACUUUUAUCAGGUAUCUCAUAGAGCAAGAUUUUCCUGGUAGCAGAGUUGGACCAGAGCCAACCACGGACUGCUUCACUGCCGUCAUGUAUGGAGAGGUGGAAGGAAUCAUCCCUGGCAAUGCCCUCACAGUGGAUCGGAAAAUGCCCUUUCGCAACCUCGACCUUUUUGGAAAUGCUUUUCUGAACAGGUUUCAGUGCGUUCAGAUGCCAAAUAAAGUCCUUGAGAGUGUCAGCAUUAUUGACACUCCGGGCAUCUUAACAGCUGCUAAAAGAAAACUGAGUCGAGGCUACGACUUCCCAGCAGUGCUGCGCUGGUUUGCAGAGCGUGUGGAUCGAAUCAUCCUGUUGUUCGAUGCACAUAAACUGGAGUUCUCUGAUGAGCUCACUCGGGCCUUUGGGGCUCUGUGUGGCUUUGAAGACAAGUUGCGUGUGAUUCUAAACAAAGCAGACAGGGUGGACUCACAACAGCUCAUGAGAGUGUACGGCGCCCUCAUGUGGUCGCUAGGGAAAGUCUUUCGAACCCCAGAGAUCUUGAAGGUUUACGUCGGGUCUUUCUGGUCAGAGCCGAGGCAGAUGUGUGACCACUACCAGCUGAUAGAUCUGGAAGAGGAGGCUCUUUUGGCCGACAUAAGGAACCUCCCUCGAAAUGCUGCAGUACGCAAGCUCAAUGACCUGGUGAAGCGAGCACGCUUAGUCAGGGCUCAUGCCCACAUUAUCGGCUAUCUGAAGCAAGAGAUGCCAACAAUUUUUUGCAAAGAAAGCAAGAAGCACAAUCUGAUAUACCAGCUUCCUGUCAUUUUCACCAAGAUCCAGCAACAGCAUCGAGUCCCAGCUGGCGACUUCCCUGACUGCACCAAGUUACAGGAGAAACUUCUGGGUCAGGAUUUCUCAAAGUUCAAGACAUUAAAACCAAGUUUAAUGGCUUCCUUGGAUAAACUCCUGACCACUGACAUCGCAAACCUGGUGCCUUUACUUCAACAACAAGAACUGAGGAAGAAAUCCCUCCCUGGUGUGUUGGACGGGGAAUUUCUGGGAACAUUCAGGCCUGAGCAUUACAGGAGGGAUCCAUUCAAAGAACUUCCCAGAGACAACGAGAGCAGUGAGACAGAUUUCGAUGAGUGGGUAGUGGAGAAAUACAAGCCAAAAUACGAUGAGAUUUUCUACAACCUCAGUCCAAACGAGGGCAAAUUGAGCAGCACCAAAGUCAAAGAGUGGAUGACGACCACCCUUCUGCCCAAUUCUGUGCUUGCACAUGUCUGGAGGUUGUCUGAUGUAGAUGGCGAUGGCAUGCUGGACAAUGAGGAGUUCGCUUUGGCUGUCCACCUUAUUGAGGGAAAACUGGAGGGUCACUGGCUCCCCCGAGAGCUGCCGUCCCACCUGGUGCCUCCGUCAAAACGGUUAAGUACAGCCAGUGAUGAAGACUGAACAUGACACAGGCUCUGUGUGCACUAUUUGUACAAUGUGUACAUAAUUUCCUAAAUAUUACCAAAUCUGGUAGUAGCACAAAGUGUACAGUGCCUGUGGUCUUAUCCAUUUGUAUGUUAAUCAUCAUCAAAACACCAAAACCUGGUUCUGAUCACUGCACAUUUUUCAUCAUAUUUUUAUCUCAUAUAUCACUUCUGCAAAAAUACAGCAGCAGUUAUCUUUAAUUAGGUAGAAUUUCCCUUUAGGUUUUACAUUUGUUUUGCCUUAUACAGUAAGAGUUGCUCAUAACUUCAUAAUAUAUUUUCUAUCAAUGGCAUUAUACUUGUAAAGAUGAUCAACCAGUAUUAUUAUUAUAAACGUUAUUAUUUAUAAUGUAUUUUUGUGAUAUUAUGAUCAUCAUCAUUAAAAGGUACACUGUGUAAUUCCUGGCCACAUGUUCCAAACAAACAGGGGGCAGCAUUUCCCCUUACCUCCAGACACAUAACCCCUCCCACUCCAUGCUCAGUUAGUGGCAAACUAUGUAACUAGUAGGCUGUUUUCUUUUGUUAUUGUUAGACUGACAAAGUUCCACACCCAUUAAGAGACAGGGAAGAUCAAGUGGUGGUCAUAUUUACACACUGCACAUUUAAGCAGUGUUCAGGUUGGUACUCACGCAGGUGACAGAAGCGGCCAUACAGUCCUGGAGAGCACAGGCAGCCUCCAUACAGAUGAUGGCAAUGUCCAUUGUUGGGACAGUUGCACUUUCUUCUGCAGUGCCUCCCGAAAUAACCCUUUGGACAACCUGUAAACAUGAACAAUGCCACUUUAGGAUAGGAUGCCCACUUCUGUAAGCUGUGACCACUGUGACAAAGCAAACACUUCAAAUAAAACAUGAGGACACAGUGCCCUUCUGAAAUUAUAAGAUAACAUCUGUGGCAGUGUCCCCUACAUGGCUAUGAUUCUAGUGGGUGAUUGUCCAGGUAAGAAAUAACAUAAAUAAAAUGUUUAUUUUUCUGA